AUGGUCCUCUGCGUUCAGGGACCUGGUUCUUUGUUGGUUGAGGAGCAGCAGCCCCUGAGGGCCCGUUCCCUGGAGCUGCCUGAGGCAGACAUGCAGCCCUUACCUUCCGGGGUCUUUCUGGAGGAGGUAGCAGAGGAGACCCCAGCCAAGCCAGAGAGUGAGCAGCCCAAGGUGCUGGACCCAGAAGAAGAUCUGUUGUGCAUUGCCAAGACCUUCUCCUACCUUCGAGAAUCUGGCUGGUAUUGGGGUUCCAUUACGGCUAGUGAGGCCCGGCAACACCUGCAGAAGAUGCCAGAGGGCACCUUCCUGGUACGAGACAGCACUCACCCCAGCUACCUGUUCACAUUGUCCGUCAAGACUACCCGUGGUCCCACCAACGUACGCAUUGAAUAUGCCGACUCCAGCUUCCGCCUGGACUCCAACUGCCUGUCCAGGCCUCGCAUCCUGGCCUUCCCAGACGUAGUCAGCCUUGUGCAGCACUAUGUGGCCUCCUGCUCAGGAGACACACGAUGCGACAACCCCGACCCCACCCCUGCCCCAGCCCUGCCUGCACCCAAGGAAGACAUGCCCAGCAGCAACCCAGUGCUGCCCGGCCCCACGGCCACUGCUGUGCACCUGAAACUGGUGCAGCCCUUUGUGCGCAGAAGCAGUGCCCGCAGCCUGCAGCACCUGUGCCGCCUCGUCAUCAACCGGCUGGUAGCUGAUGUGGACUCUCUGCCACUGCCCCGGCGCAUGGCUGACUACCUCCGACAGUACCCCUUCCAGCUCUGA